UUUUGGGCAAGAGGAUCCAAUCAUUCUUGAGAAUUGGAUACGCACAUUUGAUAAGCUGUUUGACACAAUCAAUUGCCCAGAAGAGCAACGAAUUGGCAUCGUUGUUUAUUAUCUGCAUGAAGAAGCAGAUCGAUGGUGGGUUAAAAUGGGACCAGGAUUGCGCGCCCAACCAGAUUUCACCUGGGAACGGUUUAAGCGUACACUGCGGAAAAGAUUCUACCCGCCACACGUGCAGGCGGAAAAUUAUGACAAGUUUCUACAUCUAAAGCGAUGGGAGAUGACAGUGCAGGACUAUCACUCUCAAUUUGUCUCGCUGGCAGAGUUUGCAUCAUCACUAGUACCCGAUGAGGAGAGCAAGGUUGAGAAGUUCAUCAGGGGACUCAAUUAUGACACUCAGAAGGCUUUGAGUGUGCAAGAAUGCCAAACCCUAGAUGAUACCUACUAUAGGGCUGCCAAACAAUAUCGGGUGAUUCAACUUCAAAGAGAAACCCACAAGAAAAUCCGGAAGAACGAAGAGGAGGAUAGGCAAAGGGAAGAGCGGGUCAAGGUUCAUCACUAUGAACUGACACAUAAUCGCCCAAGGGAUGAGAGGAAGUUCCAGGGUCAUGAUCAGAGGCGUGACCGUCGAAAUGGGGCAGAGGGGAGGCAUUUCAACUGUGCAAAAUGCAAUAGAGACCACCCAGGGGUGGACUGUGCUGGCAACAGGGUCAAAUGCUACACAUGUGGCAAAAUGGGCCACCGUGCAUUCGAAUGCUGGGAUAACGUGGGGAGAGGUCAACAGAACCAGGGCCCGAAUCAUAGAGGCGGCAAUCGAGGCGGAAAUCAAGGUGAAAAUAGGCCAAGAGCUGAGAACCGGGGCAACCACAACCCGAGAAAUCGUGCUGGAGACGGUGAUCGGGGCCAAAAUCGAAUCAGGGAGGAGGCAACAACAAAAAUGCUCCCAAUCAGGGUCGGAUUUAUGUAAUGAAUCAGGCCCAGGCCCGCGCACACGAUGUGGUGGCAGAAGGUGAACAGGGAGAGGAAGCCGUUAGAGAAGCUUGUUAGGAAUAUCUGUGUGCAAUUUGAGAUGAGGUGAUAUAUGAAGAUUGAUUCCUUGAGAGCGCUCCUAGAAGACUUUUAGAGUAGCCUCGUUUAGAAUAAACUCUGUUAGAUUUCAUUAUUUCAAAUGUUGAAUUUAGUAAUUGCUUUAGAUACAUUUAUGGUGGAUAGCCUUAGCAUCCAGUCAGUUUAGGCUGGGUGUGGCGGUAACACGCCCCUUAUUCUUGUUAUUGCUUAUUUCCGCUGCAAACAAAUUUGAAAGUUCUGAAUAAAUAAUAAAAGUUUAUUUCUUUUAGUAUUAUUUUGGGGGUGUUACAGUGUGUCUGGAGCAAGAGCACCUCUACUGACGAUAUGACAGUUCUCAAUGCAAAAGCUGUUUUUGCAGUUCAUCAUGGGAUGAACAUCAACUGGGGACAGGUAAUCAUCAAGUCCCUAGUUAAAUUUAUCAAAAAGAAAGAUAAGGAAACCGGUCUCUUCAAAAACCCCAUGGGUUAUGGCCUUCUGCUAUCAGAAACUCUGCUAAAGGCCAAAAUAGGGUUGAGAAACCCCGUUGAGACUGACUACACCAAAUUACUCUUCC